GAUCAACCAACAAAAUACCACAAAAGCUUCCUUGGUUAUUUGUGGUUAGCACCAAGGAACUAGCCCACUUUCAGUAUGGUGGUUUCUUGGUUCGUUCUGAUUGGCCGAGUAUGAGGCAGUCACAGCCUCAGGCAGCCACAGCCUUACGCAGCCGCCUUAACAAACGGAGCCGCCCGUCAUUGCCAUCUGAACACCACCACCACCAUCACUCCGUACUCCACUUGAAACAUUAGGAGAGAGUGACGGCGAACUCCUCACUCCCUCACACCUGCCAUUAUACCCCGGGACUUGCUGCGUGCUGCAUCAUGCGGCUUCUUUAUACAACUCAGUCAAGCAAUAAUUGCUUCGACAUCCUCGAAUUCGCCGACAACAAUAUCCCGCCGUAUGCUAUUCUCUCGCAUACCUGGGAAAAUGAAGAGGUCACGCUGCAAGAUAUGCAAGGUGGCUGCGCAGAGCGCAAAUCCGGCUUCAAGAAAGUUCAAGAUUGCUGUUCUGUUGCCAAAGCCUCGGGAUAUGAUUAUGCGUGGAUCGACACAUGUUGCAUUGACAAGACGAGCAGUGCGGAGUUAUCCGAGGCAAUCAACUCGAUGUACCGUUGGUAUUAUGAAGCCGAUGUGUGUUACGUAUACCUCGCAGACAUUCAGUCUGGGUCUGAGUUUGUGGGUAGCAGAUGGUUUACUAGAGGAUGGACCCUUCAGGAAUUGAUCGCUCCGCCGAACAUGAUCUUUUUUGAUGGGCAGUGGAAGGAAAUUGGAACAAAGGAAAGCCUUCACCAUGCUCUAUCCGAGUGUACCGGAAUUCCGGGAAACAUUCUACUUGGUGAAGAUCUAGAGACGGCCAGUGUGGCACAACGAAUGUCAUGGGCCGCCAAGAGGCAGACAACACGACUUGAAGAUCGAGCCUACUCUUUACUCGGCAUAUUCGGGAUCAACAUGCCCCUCAUCUAUGGAGAAGGCAAAAGGUCAUUUAUCAGGUUACAGGAGGAAAUAUUGAAGGUCAUAGAUGACCACAGUAUCUUCGCCUGGACAUCUGUCGACGAAGAAGAAAGCCACGGUGGGCUUCUCGCAACAUCCCCUGCCGCAUUUCAGAAAUGUGCAAAUCUCGUUGCACAUAAUCCGUUCGUUACAUUUGGCAAUGAGCCUCUUAUUAUUAGCAGCAAAGGGAUUCACUUAGGAUUCAAUUUCGUCGGACUUAGUCAAGCAGGUUUAGGCCUUGCUAUCCUUCAUUGCACGGAGCAUGGGAAAAAGGAAUCUUUGAUCGCGAUCCAUCUACAAGACACGUCUCUUACUAUGCAGAGCUUUCAGCGAAUUUGCUGUGAAAAAACCGAACUUCUUGAUAUGACAAAAUUCAGACCCGCGUUAUGCCCCGUCAAAAGAAUUUGCGUCCAGCAGCGGCGCUUGGCAGCUCACAGAAGCACCGCAAGUAUAGCUCACACAGGCGCACCCGGGUGUUUCAGGGAAGAAGAGUUCGCAGAAUUGCUUUCUACAACCCUGGAGAUAAACAAGGACGUGGCCAGAAUUCCGGGUGACCUCUUAUCGUCUGCAGCACAACGCGAUGAUCUAGAUCUGGGCGAACGCCAUUAUCAUAUGCUGCAGAGAACGGAAGCGAGUCCAUCGUGAAAUUGUUACUAUUCCGAGCGGACGUUGAGCCAGACUCUAGGUCCCAGGAAGGACAGACCCCACUCCAUUUUGCUGCCAGACAAGGGCAUCUUAAUAUCGUGAAAUUGCUGCUCGA